AUGUCUGCAGUCGCUCCGUCGGCCGUCAGCGCCCAAGGUCACAGUGCUCGUCAGUCCGCGCGCCAAACGAGGACAAACCCCUCGCGCACAUCCAAAACCCUUGGGCGCUCCUCCUUUGCCUAUGGGCACUCAUCAAUGGUGGAUUCUGUAUCAUCACCUGUUCCGCAUGGCUUCUAUCCAGCCCUGACCCAUUUUACGGACGCCAUAACCGCCCUUCCGCGCGAAUUUCGACGGCAUAAUUCGCUACUGAAAGAGGUCGAUGCUAAGGCUUGGGCUCUUGAGGAUAAUCUACUGCAGCUUUUGAAGGCUGCAUCAGAGUCGCAGCCGACUCCAUACCCGCCUAAUCCUGCGCCUAUCAUCGAAGGAGUUGUCCGAGAGGAUCUCUUACCUGCUGACUCUUCCCGUCCCCCCGAAUCCUCGGAGAGCAAGAACCGCCGCGCCCUUUUCGAUCGUGUUCGACAUACCCUCUCCGAUCUUAUGAUGACGGCUGAUGAGAAAAACCAUGUGAUAUCAAAUGCAAACGAUGAGCUUGACCGCCAACUUAUGCGCUUGGACUCUAUAUUCCCUUUCAUUGCUGGCGAAAUCAGUGAAGAGGCUCGCCUUGGUAGUCUCACUCACUGGGCUUACUCGAAUCGGAAUGCUCCCAAGACUGCCACGAACGAGCGACCCCGACGAGAAGCUGCGUCAAACAAGGAUCUUGCGCAUGCUUUGCACGAAGCAGAGGCCGCAUCGCGAAGUGAGGCGAGACGGGAGGCCGUGUUGGCCCGCAGGCAACGUCGGGCGCAUGCGGAUUCGGAUAUGGAAGAAGCUCGGGCCGUUGGGUCUCGAAAGGGACAGAAUAACAAAAAUCGUGCUAUCGGGGGUGAUCAUGGACAUGGGCAAGCUGGCACGGCUGGUUCGAGCCAGACGAAACGCCGCAAGGUCGAACGGCCUGGUACUGCGGAGGCUGGCGCGACUAUGGAACGGUCUGCUAGUGGUGCAGGAGCCUCUGGACGAGCAGUGUCGAAAGAUGCUGUUGAUGCGACCAAGAAACGCUCACGGGCACCUAAUGCCAACGCCGCCGCCCGGAAACGAAACAACACUGGAGUCGCCAGCGCGGACUCACCCGUCAUUCCUGCUUCCCCGCUUAUUGGGACUGCUCCCGCCGCGAAUAUCUCACGCAGUGCGGCCAGCCCAGGGCCUGCGUCUAGACCGCAAUCCUCUCGAACACAGCAGGGUGCAACGCAGGCGAAUUCUCGGCAAAGACCCUCGUCUUCUGCGUCCAACCGUGUGCCUAGCUCAGGCAAAACUACUGAUAACAAGGCGCAAUCAAAAGAGACGCCGUCCAGAACAGAAUUGGUCCCUGUCUCAGAUCUACAGCGGGAUAUAUCUGAAGCCAUCGAUCCGUUAGAUUCCUCAAUAAUGCACACUCAAAGAGAAGAUAUCGACAGGAAGCUCGCCGAAUCAGUCGAACGCAUCGAAACACCCGCACCCGUCUCAACCAGUGCACCUAAAGGCCGGUCCUCCAAGAACUCGACUCCUGUACUCGCUUCCGCAGAACCAGUCCAGCAGCGCACGAGACCAACGCGGAGUUCAGACCCCGCGCCGAAACGCUCUCACAAGAAAAUCGGCAACAAUUCAUCCAUUGUGCAACCGCCACCAGUAUCGGAUCCGGAAGAGUCGCUUCACGAAGGCGAUGAUGAGGACGAGGAAGGCGAGCCGCGGUACUGCUACUGUAACGAAAUUAGCUUCGGCGAGAUGGUCGCGUGUGACAACGAUGCGUGUCCCCGCGAGUGGUUCCAUCUGUCAUGUGUUGGGCUCACGAAGCCGCCUGGACGGAAUGUCAAAUGCACAACAUUCGCGCAGCCAGUCUGGUCCAAGUAUACUCACUCCCUCACAACCCGCUGUCUACUGGAACCGGUGCCAAAACCAGAAGGCCCAGCAUUCGUACUCGAUCCUGCACUCCCACUUGCUGCUGCGCUUGCAGCGGCAGCCUCGCUUUCCAACCUCCUUCUCAAACCCUCAAACCGGGCCUCAUUUCUGCCACUUCUAGCAGAAAACACUACUCCUUCCUCCCCAACGACCCAGCCUGGAACCCUCCACCCGGAACUCCCACUCCCCGCCGCUAGAGGCAACACCUCUGCUCUCCAUGCAACGCCUACAAUCCAACCAAUUGCGGACGGAAGAAGCAUGUAUGGGAAUUGUGACAAUGAGAGCUGCGCGGCGAUUAGCGUUAGCGGGGAGAAUUUGUGCGCUGCGUUUCGUGGCUGGGAAGACGGCGAAAUAGGUGUGGGUGUAGACGUAGACGUAGACGUUGAGAUCGUGUACCGGUAUGUCGAGGGUAUGGAGGCGUGGUACUGCGCCAACAAGGCGAAUAUAGUCGCUGUUGGGCCAGAGGCAAAGGAAGGAUGGGUAACAAGUAUGAGAACGUACAGCAACCUUCCGAGCACCCCACCCCCGCUCAACAACCCGGCAAUGAUAAACGAGCAGCGCGGCGAACAGGGCCUCCGUAGAGUUUGCGAACCCGGCAGCCUGCCAUACCAGGCAGCGCCAGAACUGCCCGUAGGGAAAGAGAUGGGGGGAGAUGUAAAUGGAGGCGAAAUGUUUGAUGUCGAAGAUGGAGAGCGCGAUUGA